UAAAAUGGCUGCAUAUCAGGCGACUCUCCACUUUCGCAUUCGAACGAAUAUCAUCAUGUUUACUUUUGGUGUUCUUAGUAGUUUGUUACUAAUUUAUGGAGUAUCAGGCUCUGCUUUUGGAAUAGGUGAUGAAUUUCUAGCAACAGAGAGAGAUCUUCGACGAGAUCUGUUCCAAAACUAUGAUAAGUUAGUACGACCAGUUAAGAACCCCUUUACCAGCGUUAACGUUUCAGUCAGUCUGUCUCCACUACAAGUGACUGACGUGGAUGAUUUGCAUCAGCGCAUUGUUCUGGACACAUGGGUAUUAAUGAAAUGGAGUGAUGAUUUCUUGAAAUGGAAUUUGGCUGAUUACGACAUAUCAGUGCUUCGUCUUCCUGCAUCUGAGAUAUGGAAGCCGGAUGUAGCUCUCUACACAGGUUCUCCAGACAUUGCCAUGUUCCCACUUCAAAACACUCAAGUAUUGGUGUACAACAAUGGAGAAGUAUUAUGGGUGCCUCCUUUCACAAUUAAGUCGAGAUGCCCCAUGCUCAAGACAAUUCGCAAGGACUUUAUCGAAUGUAGCAUUGUGUUUGGUUCAUGGACUUUCAGCGAAAAUGAAUUAGAUUUACAACUAUUGGCGGAACAGGCUGAUCUGUCUGAUUUCUUGGAUAUUCAUCCUGAUUGGAAACUGGUUAAUAUCGUGGCUGAUCGAAAAGCGAAGACAUAUGCAUGCUGUGUUGAAAAGUACCCAAGUUUAGAAUACAAUAUUACCAUGCGGCGAAGAAUCUCCAAUUUUAUCGAGCCUGCAAUAUUCAAAUAACUUAAUUCUUGGGAAUGUUCUUCUUUUUUGCACUAGAUUCAAGACAUUAAUUCUACUGUAAAAACUGGAAGGACACAUGGAAGAAAGUUGAUUUUCCAUGAUGCUGAAUCCAGUAUACAAACACAGCGUCAGUAGCUGGUUCUGUAGAAUGUUUAGCGACAAUAAAAAUGUAAAAAGUUUGAA